AAAACUGAAGAAGAAAGGAUACUACAUACCUUUUUAGAUGACCACCGAUAACUCUGGUCCUCUGACAGAACAACAUCUUUCAGGAGCUCUUAUCAGUUCAUUUCUUGUGAAGGCAGAUUUCCUGAAAGGUUUGCCAGUAUAUAACAAAAGUAAUUUUAGCAGAUUUCACUCCGAUUCAGUUUGCAAAGCAUCGUCUACGGAUGGAUCUGUGUUCCUACCAACCAGAGAGGUACCUUCCGAACAGAUUAUUGUAACAGAAAAAACUAAUAUUCUUCUACGCUACCUACAUCAACAGUGGGACAAAAAGAAUGCAGCAAAGAAGCGAGAACAGGAGCAAGUGGAGAUAGAGGGUGAGAGCUCUGCACCACCACGGAAAAUUGCUCGAACAGACAGCCAAGACAUGAAUGAAGAUACUUAAGACAUUUUUGUACUGUUACUCUGCAAGAGCUUCCCAUGUUCCUGGUCAUGAUGUCUUACAGUAUCUGCUCCAUGCAGCUCAGUUCACUUCAGAUAUUACAAGAAAACGAAACUAUUUAUUUUCCUCAGCAUUUAUGUAUGGCGUACAGUUAGACUUGGUGGUGAACAAAUUACACUAUGUAAUACCUUAGAUGCCUUUUUAUUUAAAACUAAUAGGCUUCCCGGUUCAGUCACACCAAGUUCUGGAACUGAUUCAGUCCUGAAAGUUUUGGGCCUGAGUGGGUAUUUGUAUUUCCUUUUUUUUUGUCCUACACUUUUGGUGUAGGCCACCUGUUCUUCCCAGAUGCAAGCCCUGUGCUCAAGGUAGAUGGUGGUUCAGGCCAGGAUUGUAAGUCCUAUUGUAAGACCUUCAACAAAUGUAAAUUAUGAGAAAUUGUGAUGUAUCUCUUGUAUGAUUUGUGUAGUCCCCACUGACUCAGCUGUUCAGUUAUUGGUUAUUUUCUUUUAUUGUAAACAGCAUUUUAAUGCUUUAAGGUAUGACUUGCUUUAACAAAAAGAGACCACAAAAUGAAUUAUUGUUGAAUGCCUUUUGUAGUUUUGACAGGGCUGCUGAUAAGUAAUGCAUAUGUUUUUUCCCCAUGAGGGCGUUCUGCCUUAGGCUUGGAAGUUGUUUAGAGACAAGUAGGUUUCCUGGGCAGCGUUAUCUGUUUUUUCUCAAGAUGGAUUUUUUUCAGUCUGAUUCCUAUGAGCUGAAUUUUUGUGAUUAGAACAUCUGGAGCUUGAAGAAUGUGGAAUUAUUUCCAAUGCUGCAUUGUGUGUACAGUACAUUAAUUUGUGGAGAAACUAAGAAUGAAUUGUGUAGCACCUUUCUUGUAACCCCCCCCCUCCUUAGCACUUCAAUUCAAAAAGAUGCACGAGAGUAGUUCUGCAUCUUAGUUUGGAAGGAAAAGUUCUCCUUGUAGUCUCUCUGCUUCUUUUCUAGAUGAGCUUUUAGGAUUAAAUGCAGUGUUUGCAUUCCUCUAUAGGAAGGUGCCUUCAGCUUGCUGUGGCUGCAGUUUCAAGCCUUCAUACUUCUUAUGGAGUAUUGUUGCUGAGGAAGCAAAAAGAUGCAACAAAGUACAGUCCAAAAAGUUAACAUUGCAAUGGUCCUUGAUGUAUUGAUUUGCAUUUUUCCAUACAUGGUACAACA